AUCGAGGAGGUCGACGAGGGAUAUCGAUUUUUUGAUGAGGGCGUUUGUAAAAGAAUAUGGGUGCGUUGGGCCGGCAGGAGGAGGACAUAGGGUUCCGGAUGCGGAGGCGAGGUUGUUGAGGUGUAUAGAGGAGACGGCGCGGAAGUUUGGGUUGGGGAAAGACUGGAUGAACUCGCAUGCGGACGUAGCGCUGCCUAUGGCGUACGACCCCUCCGGCGCCCUCUACGACCCCAUCCACACCUCCGCCCUCUCACCCUCCAACAUCCAAACAAACACACUCUUCACCUCUCCCUCCCUCACCCUCAUCUCGACAACCUGGCCCUGGUCCAUCGCGCUCAAACUCGUGCGUUUCCAGAAAGACGACCCGCGCGAUAUCGCAGCCAUGUUGAAGCUCGGGUUCUGGAAGGCGGGCAUCAGGUGGGACGAGGGAAGGUUGGAGGGAUGGAUUAGGGAGUGUUGUCCGGAGGUGGGACCGGCGUUGGGGUUUAGUGAUAUUGGAGUGGGAGGGAAUGGAAGGGAUAGGGUGUAUUGGCCGAAGAAUCAGUGGGCGAUGUGGCAACAGGAGAGUAAGAAGAUGGAGGUCAGGAAUAAUAUGGUUCUUGCGUUGGAUAUGGCGUAUGGAGGGAAGGAUGCGAGGGCGUAUGCGAAGCAUACGGAGAUGGUGCAUGGGUAUUCGCCGCAGCCACAACAACCACCACAACAACAACAAUCACCUCCACAGCAGCAGCCAUUGCAACUGCAACUGCAGCAGCAGCAACAGUCGCAACAACAGCUAGUUGUGCCCCCGCCGCCGUCUAUGGCUGUAUGUUAUCCACCGACGCAGGUGAAGUAUGGUCAGCCGCAAGCGCAGCUGCAGCCGUCGAGGACGAGGAUAUGGUAGGCAUUCUUUUUGCAAUUGCAAUUGGGAGUCUUGCUUGUCGUCGUUGUCGGUGGCCCGUCCAUGAACCUGCACUUCCCUCCUUCCUACGCCACAUCACUAUACACCUUCGCGUCCGUCGCUUCCAUCCAUUCCUGGCUCCAUCGUCCGUAUCAAUGCAUGCUCCGCUUUCAAGCUAUCGUUAUUCGCUUUCGCGCUGUACAUAUCUCAACCCUUCAUCUACAUUGGUUCCAUAUCCAUAUCUGCUCGCUGUUGUCGUCAUCGUACUGUAUAUUAUAUCUUGUUUAUUUUUUUCUUCGGGCGUCUCUUCCUCUUCGAAUCCCUCUUCUUCGUUUGUGUUUGUGUUGAGGCUUGUGCUUGCCGUCCUCCUUGCCCCUCGCCCCUCGCCCUUGCCUUCGUUACUGUUAAUGCUGUUCUCAGACUAUCCCCCAUCCCUC